AUCGCUUUAUCGCACACGCGUAAAAAUCGCACACCUUCAUUUCACUAAAAUCUCGUAUCCUUUACUGCAGAUGAUGCUCCAACGUACGUCAAUGGUCAACAGUUGUCAGAAGAAACCGUUCUUCAUCACGUAAUUUUAAAUCUUGUCGAUUUUUUAAAAUUUUAUUACUUCUUAACUACUGUGACGAGGUGUUGAUUUGCUUUAUUCACGUUUCUAGGGUGAUCGCCUUGUCAUUGGCGGAGAUCAUUAUUUUCGGUAAAAUAUACAAUUUCAAACUUUUUUGUAAACUUACGAAUUUCCUAUACCAUGAAAUCCUGAUUCUAACCGUAUAGACUAAAUCCAAAAUUUUGCCCGAAUGUAAAGUUUUCUCUUGUGCAAAGGUUCAACCAUCCCAUGGAAGUACAACAACGUAGACAAGAAAAUUCCGAGAAAGGAGAAAGUGUUGUUCCUAAAGAUUUUGAAUUUGCCAGGAAUGAAUUGGCACAAGUGCAGAAUGCCAGGUAACAAUUUGAUCGAUAACUCUUUCUAGUUCGAGAAUUUGUCUAGCAUUAAGAAGUAAACAGAGCCGUUCACAGCGGGGGGAGGGGCAGCAGGGGCAACUCCCCCUGGUGGAAAAAUCCUGCUUACUGCCCAGCAUGUACUUUCUGUUGUAACCCUGUUAUAAUUUUACCGAUUUUACUGAGUUUUGUAUUUUUAUCUUUCAAGGCUUCAAGCUGAAUUGGAAGAAGCGAGAAUAAAAGCUCAAGAAGAAAUAAUGGUUGAAAUACAAGUUGCAAAAGUAAAUUGGUCACAAUGCUUCUUAACUAUCUAUAACAGUACCAUUAACAUAGACUAGCUCCCAGUCCCGCUCGGAUUGGUUUCAUUUUUGACAGAGUCUAUCCAGUUGAUUAUGAUUAUGAGAUCAAGUCAUGAACUGAUCUCAUAACAAGCUGGAUAGACCCUAUGAAGCCAAUUCGAGAGGGACUUGAAGCAAGUCUACCAAUUAGUCUACCAUUAACCUUAUGCCUAGCCUGCAUGGCAGGCGGUCCCUAAAAUCGGGCAAGGUUUCCCCCUCGCAGCCUUGCCCGAUUUGAGGGACCGCCUGCAUGCAGGCUACCUUAUGCCCACUUGUUCGUCUUUUCUAGUUUGGGUCAUUUUUCACUCCCUCUUCUUCCACUGUAAUUUCGACAUUGUUUUAUCUUAUCUAUAGGAGACAGCGCAACAGGAAUUAAAUGAACAAAAACAAUGUUAUGAGCAACGGCUGAAUCAAUUACAAAACAGUUUGGUAAGGCGAAGCGUAAGAUUUCAUCAAGCGAAAAUCAUAAAUAUAUCAUGUGUGUUUCUUGUUCAUUCAGAACGAGGUUGGCGCUGAGAAAACGGAGAUCGAGAAAUCACAUCAAAGUGCGGAGGACAAAAUUAAUCAAUUACAAGCGCAUAAAAUGGUACGUUCUAGUCAGGGUUCCAGUCAGUACAGUUUCAUGGGUUUUGCACAUAUACAUAAUUUCCAUUAUGAGAUAGCAAGGAAACGUUAGAAAAAACGAGUUCGUUUUAAGAUCGUUAAUAGCGUUAAAGGUGUUUGUAUAGUAGGCUGUCAGUCUAACAGAAAUAUUACCUUGACCAUUUUCGUUUUAGCUCCUUGAACAAGAAAUUUUGAACAACAGGAAGAGAUUGCAAAUGGAAGCUUUGGCAGCAAAACAAGUAAGAAAAUCUUCUUCUAAUUUUUCAAAUUUUAUUUCAGAUUUUCGCAAAGAUCACGUCUUUUAAUUUGUACUGUAUCAUUAUUUUGCCUAGGCUCUUGAAGAAACGAAAGUCAAUCAAGUUCGUAUUAUUUCCGAGUUGGAAAAAGAAAAAAAGAAGAUAAGGGAAGAUGUAGAAAAACUAAAGAACGCCAAGGUACAAUUCUUAUUGCUCUGCUUUAUGUGAUAUACGCCCCUGACCCCUGAUUUGCAGUAGAACAGUCUGUGGUCCAACUUUUGGUAAACUUGCUGUGACUACUCGAACGAGAUUUAAUAAACCAUUGACUUGAACCACUGCAAGUUGCAAACAGAUGUAUUCGUUGUAAUUUUUUCUUUUAGCAAGCGAGAGAACAACGUAAAAUGAGUAUUGUUUCGAAAGGUAUUGGCUAGUCAAGUUUCAUGUUGAAUUUCUCAGCUGUUUAUGUUAAUUUAGCCGCAUAAUUACUCGUAAGUGAUUGUUGAUGAUUGCUGACACAGUUUGCUUUGUAUUUUCAGAUGAUAAAGGGAAUAGUGAAUUGUUACGAAUAUCUGUGAUGUUACGAGAAGCGAACAAGAUCAGCGAGAAUUUGAAAAGACAUUUGGUGAGAUUGAUAAUGAAUGUUGUAAAUGAUUUGUGAAACGUUUUAAUGAGAACAUUCGUAUUCUUCAACAAUAUAAAAUAAAUUAAUGAUAUUUGGUGAGAAAAUUGAACUUAAAGUUUAUGUAAAUCAUCAUGAUUUUGUAUCAGAUAUACAAACUCCUUCAUGGUCAUGUUUUCUUUUGUGUUUUCUUCAUGAAUUAUUAAUAAGUUUCACAAUAAGAUUAUAUACGAUUAUAACGCACAAUUAAUAUAAUAACCUGGGUAGAAUACUGAAUGUUUCACACAUAUAUAAAUAAAUAUAGAUUAUAUUUUUACAAGGUGUUUGGAUGGAGACUGUAUUUUUUCAAUUUCAUUUAUUUAGACAUUCAGUCGAGAUGAUAUCUUGCUUAACGACAAGGUAUGUACCUAGCUGCUAACUCCUUUCCCAUGACUUUCGUUGUUUUUCAUGAUGCCCUGACAUUUUUAUAUUUUAUUUCAAAGAUGGAGGUGAAAAUUCGUCUGAACAACACAAAACUUGGAAUCACAACCGUGUGGUCUUUGCAAAAAUUUGAAGCAAAGUUGAUGCAUAUGAGAGAAAUGUACCAGGUAAUUGUGGCCUUUCAUACAGGAGAAAUUUCCAAAGUCCUCCUAUUUAAAAAAAGACAUCUUUCUGACAUGUCGCCGAUCGUUUCUUAGCAAAGCGAGUCGGACAGUAUCAGUGGCGACGAAGAUCCAUUCAGUGACCCUUCAGAUCAGUGGGAAAAAGAUUUUAGACUGGAUUCACCGUCAGAAACAAUGUAUGUAUGGCUUGUUGUUCUCAGAAGUGUAGCAACACUAACUUAAAGUGAUUUUGAAACGGAAAUUAAACCCGAGAUUUCUGGUUUACUAUGCCAAAAAAAUUUCCGGACAUAAAAAAGGGUCAAAAAAAUUUUCCGGACAAAGACCAGUUAAAGGAAGGUUCAAAAACAUUUUUUCACGACAAAUUCCUGUGAAAACAUGGGUAAAACCCUUUUUUUACCAAUAUCUGUAAAAUGUAGGUCUAGAAAUUUUUUCUCAUCCCAUUAAUUAUAUAUAAAAAAAACGUUCCAAAUUAUUUUUUGAACUGAAUUAUUUUUUGAACCCCCAUGAACUGGAGGCCCGGGGCAAAUUACAAAACUGGUCUACGAUUCCACUAUUCCAGCCUGGUUCAUUUCUUGAACGGUCUGUUCAAGGCUGGAAUCGUAGUCCAGUUUUGUAUUUUGGUCUUUGUGUAUUUUAUUAUUUAUUUUUAUUUAUCUAGACGGAUGAGCAGACGCGAAACUCUUGAUUUAGUUUCAAAUUUGAAGAACUCCUUAGCUUCUCCUCUUUCGUGCAAGGUUUUUACGCAUUUCUUCUAAGUUUGUUUAAAAUUGUUGUCUUUUUAUUGUAUUGUUUAUUUUAAUUUUUCUUUAUUAUUUUCCGUAGGGCAGUCCAUCAGUUCUUUACGGUGUGUCACCUCGAGCGAGAGUUCUCGUUAAUAACGCUGUGAACAGGCAACAAGGUAAUGGAUGGGAGUGUUGGGUUGCUGCAUGUGACUUUCACUAUUCCUGUAAUAUAUAGUUGUCUGAUUGACUGAUAUUUAACCUCAGUCGCAUGAUGGGAAUAGUGGCUCCAGUUGGACUCUGGUUUGUCUCCUGUAGUCAAUAAAAGAUGACCCUUACUGGACCUGUAGGAAGAACAGUUUAGAACUGAUAGAGCUAUCCAGUAUAAAUAAAGUUAGUUUAGUUUAGGUUUCCUCCUGUUGUAACACUGGAUCAAUAAGAGAUGAUCCUUACUGGACCUCUAGGAAGAACAGUUUAGAACUGAUAGAGCUAUCCAGUAUAAAUAAAGUUAGUUUAGUUUAGGUUUCCUCCUGUUGUAACACUGGAUCAAUAAAAGAUGAACCUUACUGGACCUGUUCAAUAUAAAUUACGUGAGCUGUUAGUAAGUAUUAAUGACUUAUUUUGCAGAAAAAGCUGAAAAUAUUUUUGCAAAGUACAAGAAAACUGAGUCGACCUCCUCUGAAGCUAACAGGAUAUCUCAAGCGCCUUCACCACCACCAACGGAUAAUUUCCAACACGGUAUGAAAACUCUUUCAAAACUUGUGAGGCACUAUUUUGUGUCUGAACUGCUUUUGAAAUAUUUUCAAAUCUUCUACACUAGAUUCUUACGUUUGAGAAUACUCGCAGUAUAUUCCAAUAUCUGUUUCGAACCUUUAUUUAAAUCGUUCUUACCCUUUGUCAAGGUCAACGUUUACGAAACGUCUCAUCUGUGCCCGCGAUAUGCCGUGAUAUGGUGUCCACUCUUAUAUCACGAAUGGAAGGUAGCAUAUUUGCUUAUUUUUUUAUUAAUAUACGAGUUAGAUAUUUUAACCCGAGCCGAAAUAUAGCGACCCAUCUUAUGAGUUCAUUGACGAAGUAAUUUUAAAAAUCAACUUUGUCUAAGCCGAGAAAAUAAAAGCUACAUGAUUAACAUGAUUGUUUAUUAGGUGUAAAACCACCGAUAUUAUUAAUUAAUUAUUAAUGAGUUUUAUAACAUGUGUGUUCUCUUGUUCAAGGUUUGUCCACGGCAAAUGAAGUCCCUUUCCACGAACGAAUAAUAAAUAGCGUGAACGAAAUUUGUAUUUCUGUCUCAGCUCUACGUCGAACGUUUAGAAAUGACAAUGGCGCAAGUCAUGUUGGUAAGCAAAGAUAUUUUUUGAUGGUAUAAAAUUUUCUCGUCAGCCAUCCAUGGAAGAGGAAUGCUUCCAGUUCGUCUCUUCCCAUUCUCGUACCCAGAGCCCUUCUUACGCGCGGUCAACGGAGCGCGACGAGGGGCUCUGGCCAAAUCCAUAUCAAACGUAGGUUAUUGUUCUAAUAAAACUGUCUGUACCAGUGUGGGUACUACCAAUGUGAAAAUGCUGUGCUGAGUAGUUAUAUUACUACCUUAAAAAACAAACAGAAACUCGACGUUUCGAGCGAAGGCCCUUCGUCAAGAGUUAGUACCAUGUUUUUAUGGUAUCCGGUUUUGGAUUUGGCCAGAGCCCCUCGUCGCACCGCGCGUAAGAAGGGCUCUGGGUACGAGAAUGGUCUCUUCCAAACAACGCAGAUUUCUUUAGUUUGCUCCUGUGAACGACAGCCCUUACUAUAAACCUCUAGAGAGAACAAAUAAAGUUGGUGUAGUUUAGGUUUCCUCCUGUAGUAACACUGAUCAAUAAGAGAUGACUCUUACUGGACCUCUCUAGGGGGAGAACAGUUUAGAACUGAUAGAGAUUCCAGUAUAAAUAAGGUUAGUUUAGUUUAGGUUUCCUCCUGUAGUAACACUGGAUCAAUAAGAGAUGAUCCUUACUGGACCUCUAGGAGGAAAACAGUUUAGAACUGAUAGAGCUAUCCAGUUCAAGUAGCAUCGUUUGCAAAUAUUUUGAGAUUUAUUCGCCACGUAUUACGUCUCAUUCCAGUACCACUGCGAGAGACUGAAAUUGUCCGACGUCAUACUAUUCAAAUUAUGACAUCGUUGGAUCGACUCCUGGAACAAACGCGGUCGUGGAGAAUGGUCCUGGACGCUAGCGGUGUGGAGAAAGUCCGCGAAAUGACGUCACGGUUGUUAGACUCCGUGCGGAGGGUGGCAGCCCACUUGGCGAAAUUGUUAAUGGUAUGCAUACAGUCUUUUGAUUUGGGUUUAUGUUUGUAAUUCUCUUAAAUUCCAAUAUUUAAAGUUUCAAUAUUUUCAAAAAAGUUUUAAAAGUUAGGGUUAGUGGUUAGGGUUGGGGUUAGUGUUAGGUGCCGCGAAUUUAUUAUUAUGACAAAGCCGAAAUGUGCCGCGGAUUUCUCAUGGUGAUGAGUUCGGGCGUGUUUGGGAAUUUGCUCAUGUGGUGAAUUCGGGGGUGGAGCUCAUGCUGUCAUUUCAAAGUAUUAUUGCUAUCACUAAAUGUAUCUUUAAUCGGAGGAGUGCCUCGCAUGGCCUCGAGUCCCGUUCGCACUCCUACCGUUUGCUCACUAUCCAAUAAAGUAUUUAAAACAAAUUUAUUUGGUUAGUCCAGGUAUACCUUUCAUCUCCGUGACAGAGGUUUGAUUUCUGUAAUAUACAGUUGUCUGAUUAUAAUUUCACCUCAGUCACAUGUGAGAAGAUUCCUUCCAGCUUGACUCUACACGUAAAAACGCACAAGUUGUAUCAAACCUGCAGCAGACUUGUAGCAAUGCUGUUCCAACAACUUAUCAACAGGUUGUAUUCGCACUGCUUGUUCCCCGCUUGUUGACAAGUUGUCAACGGCUUGUUGACAAAUUACUACAAGGUUGUUGAGCUCAACAGACUUGUUACAAGUUGUUCCAACAACUUGUUAUCCUCCUGGAAUUCAACAAUUUGUCAACAAGUUGUGAGUGACAACCUUGUAGCAACUUGAUAAAAUAACAGCAUUGUUACAACUUGUUGACAAGCUUGCUACAAGCCUGUUGCGAACACAUCUUGUUGACAAGUUGUGAGAUUUUUACGUAUGUAACAGACAGUUGAGAACUGAGAGUUAUUCGGCAUAAGUAGUUCUCGAACCGUCAAUAUUUCGUAGUUGAAAUCUAUAAGUUUUUAUUCUCUAUUUUAGGGUUGUGACGGAGAUAUGGUGUCAUUGAUAGAGGAGUCUGGAGACAAGCUUGAGAAUUGUCUUUCCAUUCUGGUCAAACAGGUUUCCAAACUGGUUGUGACAUCACCUGUUGAAGUCACAGAAGAUAGCCUGUCAGAAGAACUGGAAGUAAGAUAAGAUGACUAUUAAACAUAAGUUUAUUUAUACUGGAUAGCUCUAUCAGUUCUAAAUUGUUCUUCCUAGAGGUCCAGUAAGGAUCAUCUCUUAUUGAUCCAGUGUUACUACAGGGGGAAACCUAAACUAAACUAACUUUAUUUAUACUGGAUAGCUCUAUCAGUUCUAAACUGUUCUUCCUAGAGAUCCAGUAAGAAUCAUCUCUUAUUGAUCCAGUGUUACUACAGGAGAAAACCUAAACUAAACUAACUUUAUUUGUACUGGAUAGCUCUAUCAGAGAAGGUGAAAGGCACUAAUCACUGUGUUAUGUUGUGUUUUCAGAUCCAGGGGUCAUGUGCGGCAGCGUUUGUAGAAGGUCAAAAUCUUGUUCUCCGUGACUCGAUACAAGAUUGCAAUAAAAUAAUCAAAGAAUCACUAACUAACAUCCAGAAACUUAUUCACAAAGACACGAACGAGGUGCGUUAAGUGUGUUUUUUUUCUGACUCUGAUCACCACGGAUUUUUUACAAUCUGCUGCACGACUUGUUUCUAUUUUCAGGCGGAGAAAGAGAUAAGGGAUGACGCUACAAGAUUGUUGAAAUCUGUUUUGAACUUUACUCGAAAUGUUGACGACAUUCAAGUAAGUCAAGCUUUUUCUUCUGUGUUCAAAUCAUGGCAGGGUUCGAUUUAUUGGGGGGGGAGUGUACCAGCCUUAGCAAAGAGAGGUGCCAAUUUCAUUAUCAAAUCAGUUUUGGAAAGGCAAUAUCCUGUCAGCAUUACCACAAUAAUGCCUCUAAACCCUUCCAAUCACCUUUUCAUUGUUUUCAAAACCCCACUGUUUCCACGUCAUUCAACUAGCGUCCUAAAACAGCCCUAUAAAAUAUUUUUGAAUUUUUUAAUCAUUCUAGAAAACGUUAGGAGCUUUCAAAGAUCUGACGUCAGACUCUGUUGCUGGGAGACGAUUGUACUGCUGUCACCAAGUGGUCAGCAGUACUCGGUCAGUAACAGACGCUUCUGAGCAUCUGACGAAAGCCGUUGGGGCACUGAAACUAGACAAGCCGAGGUUAUUGACUGGAAUCAUUGAAAUUGCGACAGAACUUAAAGCAUCGGUCGCGAAUAUCCUGGAACACACGCAGGUCCUCGUGGAGCUCGACACGAGUGGGUCCACGAAUCAGUCCCGCGAGAGGUCCACGAGUCAAUCCCGCGAGCGGUCCACGAGUCAGUCCCGCGAAAGGUCAAUGAGUCAGCCCCACGAAGAGUCCACGAAUGAGUCGCGCGUGGAAUUCACGCUGGAAUCUCGCGAGACGCCCACGAAUGAGUCUCGCGAGAGAUCUUCAAGUAUAUCGUUCCUAUUCACAUCAAAAGACAAACUCCAAGUCAAAGCGAAGAAUGUUAGACUGACAUCACGUGAGCUGGCACAGACAUUAAGGAAGUAUUCGUUCCUUUCUGAUGAGAGGACUGGGGAGAGAAAAUUUGUACGGGGCACCUAUGGCACUCCAAUAUCUAACGGAAUCUCCAGAGGCCUCAGAGACAGAACUAAUUCCCCGGUUUCUUUUCAAAAGAAGAUCGGGCAUGAGUUUUCCCAACAAACACCACCGCGAAGCCCGCGGGAAGGUUUUACGGUUUUUCGCUCGAAAGAGUCACCAUUAUAG